AUGGGAGACGCACAAUCUACCAGGGCUCCAGUCGUCGACGAGGCGAGUGUAUUCCCAAUAUUCAACACUUGCUUUGACGAAGAGGAUGCCCACAAUUCAAUUCCAAUUGAGAUUUUCCCACAUGAUGAAAUUCUCGAAUUUACCAAAAGAAACGAAAUUGAGCUCUCUCAGCUGCUCCAGGUGGCAUGGGCUAUUCUUCUUAAGUCCUACAUAGGGACAGACCGACCAGUCUUCAGAUACUUCAAUGACCAGCAUUUAUCUCAGAAAAGCCAUAGGAUGCUUUGCUCUCUGGAUAUGGAAGAGGAUAAAGAGAUAUUUGACCUGACUCGGAGCGUUGUCUACACGGAUGACUGUUUACGAUACAGUGAAGACAAGCAAUUGGAUACCGCAGUCCUGUGGGACUGUCCUAACACGACACAUUUGUUUAGUGUUUGUUUCGUGACGCAGACCCAGGGCGACUCAUGGGGCUCAUCUCUGUGGUAUUGGACUUCUAUUCUGUCGGAAGAACAAGCACUCCAUGUUGUGAAUACAUUGGGUCAAAUUAUCGCGGAGCUGGUCGAGAAGCCAAGGUUGAGCUCCAUCAAUCUGUGCACAACUCAUACUAUCGACCAACUGCGCCAAUGGAACUCCGAGCCUCCAAGAAAAAUAAAUACCUGUGUGCAUGAGCUCAUUCUCGAGAAGUGCAAAACGCAUCCUGAAGCAACAGCAGUCUCUGCCUGGGAUGGUGACCUCACAUAUCAUGAUCUUGAUUUCCUGUCCCAUAAAUUGGCAUCUCAUCUGGUAUCCUAUGCUGUGGGUCCGGAGAGAUUCGUGGGCCUCCAUUUCGAAAAGUCCAAGUGGACAGCGGUGGCCUUGCUAGCCGUUAUGCGAGCUGGAGGUGCAUUCGCGUUUUUCGACACCUCACUGCCUCGAGCUCGCAUGCAUGAAAUGUGCAACAAGUUGGAUGUGGUCCUGAUUUUGUCAUCGAGGCACCUGACCGCCGAUGUCACGGGGCUGGCCCCUCAAAUUAUCCCCGUCGACAACGAGCAACUUGACUUCCUCCAUUCAUCCUAUGAUCUGUGUCAACACAAUUCGAACGUCAAACCAAGCAAUGCGCUCUUCGCACAGUUUACUUCGGGGUCUACUGGCACCCCUAAAGGUGUUGUGAUCAAUCAUUUGUCUUAUUCCUCUGGCCAAACGGCCUUCGCAGACCACAUCGGACUGAACUCAACCAGCCGAGUCUUGCAAUUCGCGUCUUAUGCCUUCGACCUUAGUGUUCAUGAGAUUUUGACAACGCUGAUCGUCGGCGGUUGCGUUUGUUUGCCGUCUGACGUGACGUGCAAAUCGAAUACCCCCCUAGCGGUCUCUCAAUUUCGAGUCAAUUAUCUUGCGUUGACUCCCACAGUUGCUCGGCUUUUACAACCCUUAGAUAUACCAUCUGUUGAAACCCUUGUUCUGGCAGGAGAGCUCCUAUCUUCGUCGGAUAUAGCAAGAUGGCAGGGCCACGUUCGUUUGGUUAAUAUGUAUGGUCCAGCUGAAUGUUGCGUGUCCACGACAGGACAUAUGGUUUCAUAUGGCGAACGGGAGUCUGGGGUGGCGGGCUCCGCAAUUGGAGCAAUAUGCUGGAUUACUGAUCCUAAUGAUCACCAUAAGCUGGCCCCCAUCGGUGCAGUUGGUGAACUUCUCAUAGAAGGUCCGACAGUGGGAAGGGAAUACAUUGGCGACCCUGAAAAGACGGAAGCCUCCUUUGUCCCCAGUCCCCGCUGGCGAUCAGCUUUUCCAGAUAAUAUACAUGGAAGGAUGUAUCGCACCGGAGACUUGGUUCAGUAUGUCUCACAUGGUAAACUGAGAAUCAUCGGUCGCAAAGAUGAGCAAGUCAAGCUUCGCGGCCAACGGUUAGAGCUGAGCGAGGUCGAGCACCAUAUGAGCAACGCCUUUGCUGCGAAGCAGACGGUAGCCGACUUGGUGGUUCCAGCAGAAAGUGGAGGCAUUUCUAUUCUAGCCGGUUUUAUCUUGGACCAAGGGGAUGGAAACUCACCUACUGCGGCGAGUAUCAUUGCCUCGCCAUGCCAGAAAUUUCGGGACCUCGCCCAGAGAGCCAUCUCUGAACUGUCUGUCAAAGUCCCCGGAUACAUGGUGCCAUCUGUCAUGAUCCCAAUAACGGCUUUCCCAACCACCAGAACGGGCAAGACUGAUCGAGUGCGAUUACGAAACGAGGCCUCGAAACAUACGAGAGCUCAACUGGAGAACUUCAGCAAGGCCAUGCAGGAGAAAGUAGCUCCAGAUUCCCCAAUGGAAGUUCUGCUACAUCAAUUAAUCAAGGAGACUUUGCAUGUGACCGAUUUUGGAAUGAAUGACAGCUUUUUCUCCCUUGGUGGGGACUCUGUCCUGGCCAUGAGAUUGACAAAAGUUGCAAGAGAAGAGGCUGGAAUCGACCUUUCAGGCGAGAAGAUUUUCAAAGCGCCCGUUCUAUCAGACCUCGCAAAGCUCAUGGAAAGCUGCCGAAGCCUUGUCCAGAUUCCCCCAUUCUCCUUACUUGGGAAGUCAGGACUUAGACAGGACAUUAUUCAGACGGCCCUGCACCUUUGUGGUCUGUCGUCAGUCGCCGAUAUUGAUGACAUCUACCCUUGCACCCCCUUACAAGAGGGAAUAAUGGCACUGUCCAUCACCAGCCCCAUGGCUAAAUAUGUCACUCGAUCCGUUUAUCGAAUCCGACAUGCUAUCGAUAUAAAAAGAUUGAAAGACGCAUGGGCCAUGGUCCUCCACAGCAAUCCAGUCUUGCGCACACGAAUUAUACAGACUGGAUCUCAAAAUACAUUCCAAGUUGUUGUUCGACAAGGCUACUCGUGGCACCACGCAGAGAAGCUACAAGACUAUAUUGAUCAGGAUGAAAAAAAGGGUAUACAGUUAGGGAGCCCUCUGAUUCGUCUUGCAUUGCUCCAGGACAAUGGCCGCAAAUACCUUGUCCUAACAAUCCAUCAUACUUUGUACGACGGCUGGUCACUCCCUCGAACCCUUCAACAAGUGGAAGGGGCUUACUAUGGGGAAAGACCUCAGUCACAACCCUUUAAAAUAUUUGUGGAUUAUCUUCUGAAGCUGAAUAUGGAUCAAAUGGAAGAGUUUUGGCGAGCCGAGCUGGAGAACUUUUCAGGGCCGUUGUUCCCCCAGCCUCCUUCAGGAGACUAUAGGCCCACAGAAACACAUAAGAUGAAACGUUCGAAAUCGACGCUGCCAAUGAAGACAUUUUCGGGGGUCUCUCUAGCAACUAUGAUAAAGCUAUCCUGGGGUCUCACCUUAUCACAAUAUUCAGGGGUUGACGACAUAGUGUUCGGCAUCACGCUUGCAGGCCGCAAUGCCGCCAUAAGCGGCAUCAAUGAGAUUCUCGGGCCAACCAUCACCACCAUUCCCCAGCGGAUAAAAUUGGAUGGUUCAAUGAAACUCGAGGGCAUCCUUCGCUCGAUCCAGGAGCAAAAUACCGAUCACAUGAACUUCGGACACUUGGGCCUUCAGAGGAUUGCUGCACUCGGGCCUGGUCCUGCCGCUGCCACCAAAUUUCACAAUCUGCUGAUUAUCCAGCCGUUCUACGAUGAGGACGCACUGACUAUAUUCAAUAGUCCUAAGGACGGUUUGUCCACGGAGAUUGUUGACAACUACAUUCUUACCCUGGAGGUCAAGCUUGGAAAAGAAAACGCAGUCCAUCUCGAGGUAGAAUAUGAUCCGGCAGUUAUCGCGGAUUCGUUGAUGGGCAAGAUCCUGGAACAAUUCUUGUAUAAUCUCGAUAUUAUCAUCCAGAGCGGAAACAAAUCGCUUUCGGAGCUUAAAACUGUCAGUCGCGCUGACCUUCGAACGCUCCUCACGUGGAACAAUCAUCUGCCAGAGGCGAUCAAUUGCUGCGUUCAUGAUAUAAUCAACCGGGAAUGCUGGGCCCAGCCUCACGCGCCUGCUGUCAUAGCAUGGGAUGGAAAGUUGACCUACGAGGAGCUGGAAAGCUAUUCCACCAUGCUAGCAGCGCACCUUCAGCAACUGAACGUCAGCUGUGGUCACUACGUGAUGAUAUAUGUCGGAAAGUCUCUUUGGACUGUGGUCGCAAUGUUGGCAGUGAUGAAAGCAGGUGGUGCAUUUGUGCUUGUUGACCCAGCGCAGCCCAUUUUGCGGCUACAAAAGAUGUGCGAAGAUAUCCAGGCAAAGACUGUGAUUACAUCGGGACAAUUUCUUUCCAAUGCGACCGAACUCAAACUGCAGAUAGUUAGGGUUGACAACGGGGGUACCUGGAAAACCAGCAGCACACAUUUGAAGGAGCCUGGGGUUUCUCCAUCCAAUGCAAUUUACGCAGUCUUUACCUCGGGUUCAACAGGAAGACCAAAAGGAGUUGUAAUUCAGCAUCGUGCCUUCACUACAAGUGCCAUUAUGAAUGGUGGGAAGCAGCACAUAAACAAUUCCUCCCGAGUGCUACAACUGGCAUCUUUUACAUUCGACGCUUCGAUUGCAGAGAUCCUGUAUCCUCUUAUUCACGGAGGCUGUGUUUGCAUUCCUUCGGAGUCAGACAGCCGAAAUAAUCUUGAGCAGGCGCUUAAUGACUUCGAAGUAACCUGGGCUACUUUGACUCCUUCUUUAGCACGAGCACUGGACCCACAGAAGGUGAGAACGCUCCGCACUUUGGCUCUAGGUGGGGAAGCCAUGACAAAGUUGGAUGUGGCCAUGUGGGCAGACCGGGUUCAAUUGGUGAAUGGUUAUGGGCCUGCUGAAUGCUCAGUUGAUACAAUCAUUCAGCCUUCUAUUCAUCGCGACUCUGAUCCUGCGAAUAUUGGCCGAGGUGUUGCUGCUGUCUCCUGGAUUGUAGACCCCCAAAGUCCCGAGAAUCUCACACCGAUUGGCGCGCCGGGCGAGCUUCUGGUCGAAGGGCCAAUCCUGGCUGAAGGCUAUCUGCGAGACCCACAAAAAACCUCGUCCGCAUUUAUCCAGUAUCCAGAUUGGUUGCGUCGGUUUCGAAACGGUAGAAAGGGCCGUCUUUACAGGACUGGCGAUCUGGUGCAGUAUAGCCCACAAGGCGAUGGCACUUUGCAAUACCUCGGACGCAUAGAUAACCAGGUCAAACUACGCGGACAAAGAAUUGAACUGGGAGAAGUGGAACGACAUGUGUUGGAGUGCUUUUUUGAAGCAAAACAGACGAUCGUUGAUCUAGUGACACUGGCAGACCCAGGAUCAUACCCUGUUCUAACUGCCUUUAUUCUGCUGAGUGAUGCUCAACCCGGAGAGGAAGAGAUAAUUGCAGGGGCGAACGCCUCGUUCAGAUCUCAGAUUGAGUCUGCUGAAAAUCUGCUGAAAUCGCGCCUCCCAAACUUCAUGAUUCCAGCGUUGUUCUUGCCUGUUAGCAGGAUCCCACUCAGCCCCUCUGGAAAAGCGGAUCGACGUCAACUUCGGGACAGGUUAUCGGCCUUAUCCCGAAAAGACCUACGAGUCUAUAGUUUUCCAGAGUCAGCAAAACGCCAUGCCUCGUCCAAGGCGGAGUCUGUAUUACAGAAAGCUCUCUCUACUGUCCUGAAAUUACCGUUGGACGACAUUGGAAUGGACGACAACUUUUUCCAUCUUGGAGGUGAUUCUAUUGCGGCGAUGAGAUUAGUGGGUGUUCUUCGAGAAUCCGGAUUUACCAUCACCGUUGGCGAAUUAUUCGGCCAUCCGUGUCUUGCUGAUCUCGCCUUGAUGGUUCGCCAGGAGACCAGUCGUUCAUUCUCGGUGCCCAUUGCUCCAUUUUCUCUCCUCGAUCCAGAUACUUGCAUGGACGUUAUCAAUGCUGCGGCUCGUGAAUGCCGUGUCGACAGUAAUGACAUCGAAGACAUAUAUCCAUGUACUCCGAUGCAAGAAGCGCUUUUAGCAUUGACCAUCAAGCAACAAGAGGCUUACAUGCUGAACAUGACUUUCGACCUUCCAAAGCAGAUUGACCUUGAUCAACUUCAAUCCGCUUGGCAGGCUGUUUUCACUGCCAAUCCGAUUCUUCGAACUCGUAUUCUUGGAGAGCACCUGAGUUCAAAUGUUUCUUUCCAAGUUGUUCUUCGUGAGAAAAUCCAGUUUUCUGCGGACCUGAACCCGCUGGUCAUCGCGCCCGGUCAGCCACUCAGCAAACUUGGUAUCUCACAAGACGAGGACCACGUCCGGUUGCAUCUAUGGCUUCACCAUUCCUUGUAUGAUGGUGCCUCGCUGUCGAGUGUCUUAAAACAGGCGGAGGAGGCAUACAAGGGAGUACAGUUGAGACUGCGUCCCUUCAAUCCAUUUGCAGAAUACGUGAAAAACCUUGAUAGUGUAGCCAGCCAGAAAUUCUGGGCAGAGGAGUUUCAAGAUCUGAAUGCCGCCAUGUUUCCACCACUUCAGACAAGACCAAGCAUUUCAUCCUCUAGGGAGAGCGUGUCAUACAAUAUUUCCCUCGACCAAACCUUCGCAUCAGAAUUCACGUUGCCAACCUUUAUCCACUUGACAUGCAGUAUUGUGUUUGGUCAUUAUACAGCAAGUGAUGACAUCGUCUAUGGACUCACGCUAUCAGGGAGAAAUGCCCCAGUAGCAGGUGUUGAAGAUCUCACAGGUCCGACAAUUGCCACGGUACCUUUUCGAGUCCAGCUGCUACCUGCACAUACCACGAAGGAAUGCCUAUCUCGGAUACAAAGUCGUCUAGCCCUGAUGAUACCACAUGAGCAAACAGGGCUCCAGAGGAUACGGCAAAUCAACCAAGAGACAGCGGUAGCCUGUGACUUUCAGUGUCACAUUAUCAUUCAAUCGUCCGAUGAGAGCUCGGAGGACCAAAACGCACUUUUCAAAGAGCCUCCAUUUGAAGAAGGCAUAUAUUCAAACUUUGCCAGCUCUCCCCUGGUGCUGAUUUACACACCGUCUGCUGACAAGAAGAAUUUGAAACUUACAAGUAACUUCGACUUGUCGCACUUCAGUCGCAUAGAAGCCGAUACACUAUCCCACCAGAUAGAGUAUGUCUUUCAGCAAAUUGUCAAAGAUCAGAGCUGCACCAUCAGAGAAAUAGAAGUCGCCAGUCCUCACGACUUAUCUAGACUGUCUGGGUACAACAUGACAGUGCCCCAGCCGGUGGAUUCACUGGUACAUAAAUUGAUUCUCGAGCAAAGCCGUCUGCUACCAUCAAAGACAGCCAUCGACUCAUGGGAUGGGGUUCUUUCAUAUCAGGAGCUGUACGAACAAAGCUCCCGACUGGCUCAGCAUUUUAUUUCCAUUGGCCUUGGGGCCUAUCCAGUAACUGUGAUAUGCAUGGAGAAAUCACGCUGGACCGUGCUGGCCAUUUUCGCUGUUCUUCAAACUGGCUCUUCCUGUGCCCUCAUUGACCCUUCACACCCUCGCUCAAGGAUGCAAUCAAUAAUCAGCCAGUCGGCCGCAAGAUAUGCGGUAACUUCACCCACAACAAAACACCUUGUCGAGUUCAUUUGCGCGAAUGUUGUUGUUGUAUCUCAAUCUCUGUUGGAUGACUCACAACUUGCGGUAUCCCAGAUCAGACAAAUGCCAUGUCCAGCAGAUCCUGCCUUCGUUAUCUUCACCUCUGGCAGCACAGGAACACCUAAGGGUAUUGUUCUGGAGCAUCGAAGCAUAGUCACCGGUCUGCAAAACCUUCUUUCUCCCUUCAACCUCGAUAAGCCAUCGAGGGUACUUCACUUUGUAUCGUAUGCCUUUGACGCGAGCUUGAUAGAGAUACUGGGAUGCUUGACUUCUGGGGGCACCCUAUGCAUACCCUCCGACACCGAUCGGACUUCGAAUCUGGCUGGCUUCAUAAGACAACAUCAAGUUGAUUGGGUAUUUAUGACUCCGUCUGCAUCGAGUCUUCUACAUCCAUCAGAGGUACCCUCACUGAAAACACUUGGCUUGGGAGGGGAACCUCUCACGUCAACCAUCGUUGAUCAAUGGUCGAGCAAGCUCUCGCUCAUUAACAUCUACGGUCCAGCCGAAUGCACAUUUGCUGUUGCGGUUGGAAAAGUUCCAGAAAGUGGCUGGGUUCCUGGCACUAUAGGCCCUAUGGUCAAUGGAGCUGGGUGGAUCACUACCCCUUCGGAUCCAGGAAAGCUAGCAGCAUGGGGUGCUAUCGGUGAGUUGCUAGUUGAGGGGCCGAUUUUGGGCAGAGAAUGUAUUGGCGAUCCGGAGAAAACGGCUGCCAGCUUUGUUCACAACCCACCAUGGAUCACUCGCUUCCGUGGCCCCGGCGAAACACGCCUGUAUCGCACUGGAGACCUGGUCCAAUACACUGAGGAUGGUCUAAUUCGAUAUGUGGGGCGCAAGGACAGACAGGUAAAGCUCAAUGGGCAGAGGAUUGAGCUUGAAGAAGUUGAAAGUCAUUUGAAGAAUACUUUCCCGCCACAUGCGACUGUCAUAGUGGAGUUGGUUGUACCUCAACAACCCAACACUCGUUCUCGACUCUGUGCAUUCAUCUGCAUGUCCGUGAAUGGAUCAAACGUCUCAAGCACAUCUAAUGAUGAGUCUAUGCUAGCUUCAUCGAACGAAGUGUUUCUUAUCCUCAGUCAGAAGGCCAAGCAGCAGUUAUCAGCUUCUCUUCCUCUGUACAUGGUUCCUGGAACAUAUAUUCCAUUGAACUACGUCCCAUUCACUGGUACCGGCAAGACAAACAGACGCUUGCUGAGUGAUUUGGCGGCUUCUCUGGACAGUAAACAGCUCGAUAGUCUAUCAUCUCAAGUGACAUUUCAAUAUCCAAACACUGAGAUGGAGACUAUUCUUGUUGAGCUUUGGGUCGAGUUACUGGGUCUGUCUGUGGAAAAGAUUAGUACUGCUGACAGCUUCUUCCAUAUUGGCGGUGACUCAAUUGCAGCCAUGCAGCUAACUGGGAUUGCACGUCAGCGAGGGUUGUAUUUGACGGUUCCCACUAUAUUUUCUCACCCAGUGCUCUCGGACAUGGCUUCGAAGAUGACGGGAGUUACUUCCGGGCCCGACAAAGUCAUUGAGCCAUUCGCACUGCUCAAGGAAGAGAGUACUGAAGAUAUCAUUAAGGCCACCGAAGAUCAGUGCUCUAUUAGCCGAGAGCUAAUAGAAGACGCUUACCCAUGCACACCGCUACAGGAGGGUCUCAUCUCUCUUUCUAUGAGUACGCCUGGAGCCUAUCUGGCUCAUUUCAGCUACAGCCUUCCCAACGACAUUGACAUCCCUGGAUUCCAAAAGGCUUGGCAAGACGUUGCCAAUGCGAAUACGAUUCUGCGGACAAGGAUUGUACAGGCUGGCUCGUUGUACCAAGUUGUUCUCCGAGAAGAGCUGGCUUUGAAUACGAUUGAUAGCGUUGACAAUUAUGUUUCGUCUGUGUCGGACAAAGCCAAGUAUCUAGGCGAACCACUGAUUCAAUUAGCGACCACUCAACUUAGGUCCGAUGAUACUAGAGAUUUUUCCCUAGUAAUUCAUCAUGCUCUUUAUGAUGGAUGGUCAUUGCCAUUGGUAUUGAGCCAAGUCCAACAAGCGUAUGAAGGACAUUCAGUACCCUCAAAUCCCUUCAACCGAUUUAUCGACUAUCUCGCAAGGUCUGAAGUGGAGCGUACUCGGGAGUACUGGCGUACACAUUUGCAGAGCUCCCACUCCGCGACUUUUCCUGCGCUUCCUUCGACUGAUUACAAGCCGUUCACAGAUGCGAUAGCUCAGAAAUCGGUCGCACUCCAGCCGCUGUCCGGGGUGACAAAUGCCACCCUUCUCCAGUUUGCAUGGGCACUUGUACUCUCGCAGUAUUCUGAUUCCAAUGAUAUUGUUUUUGGUUUAACAGUUUCCGGAAGAAAUGCCAAUCUGGAAGGAAUCGACAGUAUAACAGGCCCAACGAUCACCACCGUGCCGUUACGCUUCCAGUUCAAGCCCGAGGAGUCAGUCUUCCAUGAGACGUGCCGGCUUCAAGAACAGAUGGCUACAAUGACCCCUUUUGAGCAAUUUGGACUGCAGAAUAUUCGUCGCUUAGGAGGUGAUGCCGAUGUCGCCUGUCAAAUCCAAAACUUGCUGGUCAUUCAACCGCCUGCGACCAAGUCUACCGAUGAAUUCUGGGUACCCGUUCAGAAUGCAGGAAGCUCAGGGUAUUUCAGUACAUAUGCGCUCGAAGUCACUUGUGAGCUUUCGGAUUCCGAAGCAAAUAUCACGUUUGACUUCGAUCAACGGGUGUUGGAGUCUCGGCAUGCGGAACGCAUUCUCUCACAGUUUGUCCACAUCAUACAGACUGUCCAGAAAGGUCCUGACAACAGCAUCCUCGAUGCCAAGUCGCUGGAUCCGAACGCAUAUACUGAGAUAGCACAUUGGAAUGCUGUACCAGCAAAGCCAGUGAAUCAAUGCGUACAUGAAGGCAUCAAACAGCAGUGUUUAGAAUCACCGGGCGCGUGGGCUGUGUGUGCAUGGGACGGCAAUUUCACCUACGAGGAACUCGAUGACCUGUCGCUGAUCUUUGCCGUACGUCUCCAGGCUCUGGGUGUUGGUCCAGAGACUUUUGUCCCCAUUCUGGCGGAGAAGUCAAAAUGGGGCGCUGUUGCAAUCCUAGGAGUAAUCAGAUCUGGUGGUGCGAUUGUUCUCCUCGAUCCAUCGGUUCCCUAUCAGCGUCUACAAACCAUAUUUCAAGACAUUGACGCUCGUAUCGCCGUGGCUUCGGCCACAUGUGCAGAGCUUGCAAGUCAGCUAGCUCCAACAGUUGUCACAGUCGACCAGGAUCUCCUGUCCGGUGGAAACACCGAAGCGUCUACUCUCAUGGAAAAGACCACCCCUCGCAACGCUUUGUAUGCGAUAUUCACAUCGGGCUCAACAGGAAAACCGAAAGGCAUCGUUAUUGACCAUGCUGCAUUUUACACAAGCGGAGACGCCCAGCGCAAGGCAUUAUAUCUCGACUCCAAUGCACGAACACUUCAAUUCGCUUCCCAUAUGUUCGAUGUCAGCAUCGCCGACUAUCUAUGGACAUUCCUUACUGGAGGAUGUGUCUGCAUUGCAUCACAGAGUAGCAUAAGAAACGACCUCCCUGGCGCGAUGAGAGAGUUCAGUGUCAACCGCGUGGACUUGACUCCUUCUAUUGCUCGCGUCCUCCGUCCAGAAGAGAUCCCCGCUCUCAAGACAAUACUCCUUGGUGGGGAGCCGCUGUCGCAACAUGAUGUUGAAACAUGGGCAGGGAGGGUUCAGCUCGUGAAUGGCUACGGACCCUCUGAGUGUUCCGUUUGCUGCGUACUUGCCGACGUGAACCCGAAUUCUGAUCCUUCAAAUAUCGGGACGACGUUUGGGGCCGUAUCCUGGAUUGUGGAUAAAGACGACCACAAUCGACUUGUGCCUAUUGGAGCGGUUGGCGAGCUUGUACUUGAAGGCCAUACGUUGGCACGGGGGUAUCUCAACGAGCCUGAAAAGACAGCAGCCGCUUUCAUUGAGUCCACGCCUCCAUGGCUCGAGGGGCUGAGACCUGGUGCUCGGAUCUAUAAAACUGGAGACCUGGUGCAGUACAAUGCCGAUGGAUCCCUCCGAUACAUUGGUCGGAAGGAUACACAGGUAAAAGUUCGCGGCCAGCGUGUGGAGCUAGGAGAAAUUGAACAGCAAAUUCGCCAAGCGAGCCCAGCCGUUCAAGAUGUAGUGGUUGAAUUGAUUGUGCCAACACAGAGGAAGACCGGGGCAGUCUUGGCAGCCUUCGUGGUUCACGAUGGCAAGCCAGAGAGCGAAGCUGGAAAGAAGGAACAUUUGCAUUCGGCAGUCUUUCUACCUCCGCAUCCCAACCGUCGGAAACAGUCACAGGAAGUAAUGACAAUGCUGCAGAAACGACUUCCGUCCUAUAUGGUGCCUGGCAUAUUUAUUCCGAUGCUCCAAAUGCCUAUAUCACCUAGCGGCAAGAUCGAUCGACGGCUUCUUCGUGAGCGAGCUGCAGCACUUUCCAGAGGUGAUAUCGAAGCGUAUACCGCCAGUCUUGUUGUCAAAAGGCCUCCAGAGACCCCUACGGAGAGAAUAAUCCAAAUGGUCGUAGCCGAGACUCUUCACAUCGAAGCCUCGGAGGCCGGGUUAGACGACGAUUUCUUCAGGCUUGGGGGUGAUUCAAUCAUCGCGAUUCGCUUUGUCGAAAAGGCACGCGUGUCCGGAUUUACAUUCAAAGUGACCGACGUCUUCAAAACUCCUAAACUCUCCGAACUAGCAUUGCUUGUCGAAAAUGAAAGUGGCACUAAGCAUGAGGUUUCAGACGUCGCUGUCAGUGAAUGUUUCGGCUUUGCACGGAAAGAAGACCUCAUUCAGAGGCUGACUUCGUCAACUGAUAUUUUGUUCACGUCAGAUGAAAUCGUGGACGUACUCCCUGUCUCUCAAUCCUCUGAGCGAUUUCUUCUGCAGCCGCCUGAAUAUUGGGUUCUAAAUCUCGAGGGCCCUGUUGAUCGAGGCCAGCUUCAGUCUGCCUGCACCACGCUAGUCGAGCGACAUGCUAUUCUGCGUACUGUGUUCAUCUCGUAUGAACGCACGUUUGCUCAAGUCGUCGCUUUCCAUAUCGAAACCUCCGUCCACGACUAUGGAGUGGUUCCAAACAUUCCAGAGUUUGUGGAGAAAUAUCGUUGUGAUGACACUAUCGCCGUGCCGACGCUGAACGUCCCUGUCACUCGGUUUGCGUUCGUUCAAGAUCCCCAGGGCAAAAAGGCUUUGAUAGUCCGACUGAGUCACGCUCAGUUCGACGGGUACUGUCUUCACGUUCUUUGGGAUGAUUUGAAGCGACUCUAUGAAGGUGCCAGGCUGCCUCACCCCACGGAGUAUUCCGCACACAUGAAGCAAUGGAUCAACAGCCAGACUAAAGACGCUUUCACCUUCUGGAGAAAUACACUGGAGUCAUCGAACGUCUCUAGAAUUGACAACACCAUGUUCAGCGGAACAGACCAUCUACAGCAAGACGUUCGAUUCAUCACAUCUACUCAGCUCAUCCACCCCAAGCAGCUACCCCAUGAAGUGACAACCGCCACUGUAGUCAAAGCUGCUUGGUCUUUUCUACUCGCACAGUUGACAAGUGCACAUGACGUGGUAUUCACGCAGACCUCGAACGGACGCAACAAUGCAACUCCAUCGACUCAGGAUGUCGUCGGCCCUUGUCUAAAUUUCAUCCCUGUCCGGGCGAAGCUAGAUCCCUCAUGGACAUCUCUUGACCUAAUGCAGUUCCUACAACGCCAGCACCGAAGAAGUCUUAACUACGAACUUUUGGACUUCCGCCAAAUAGUGGAACAUUGUACCCCGUGGCCGAACGGAACAACUCAUCAGAGUAACCUUGUUCAUCAGAACAUAGACCCAGAUCUGCCAUUCGCUUUUGGUGAGGCACAGGCACAAGUCACUUGCUCUUAUGAGUGGCCUCGACCGCCGGAUGAGAUUCUGGUCGAGUCAAAGCCUCUGGAGGGUGGUUGUUUGCAGAUCACUCUGGAUACAUUGAGUAAUAUUUUGAGUCAGCAGAAUGCGGACCUGGUUGUGGAUAGGCUUUGUCGGAUUAUUUGUCUGUUUUCGGCGUUGCCGGAUGAGCCUCUUGAGAUAUUGCGGUCGAGGGUGUUGGCGGAUUGA